AUGGCAGAUGCAGCAGAUGCGUCUCUAGGCCACAAAAGCACAGCCCUCGCCCAGGACACUAUUCCAAAGUUUAAUUAUCCCAGUUCCGCACACGCGCAAGACUCCGCACUUGCUGCGACGAAGGGGACUACAUCGACUGCCACUCUCCCCUUGAGACAAUCGCGAUCAUGGCCGCAUGGGAGUGUGCAGCCCAAGAUUCAUGAUGUGACUGAGAAGUUUACCCGGGCUUGUAAUGCCCUCGAAGUCGGGCAGCUUGUCAAAGAUGAGUACUUUACGCUCUUCGAGUCCAUUGGGGCUAUUGAGAUCAUGGACUCAAAAAUGGACAGCGGCUUCCUCGAACCUGGGGAGACGCUCGAAGACAACUACGAUACUUUAGGACCCCUACUCCCAGAAGAACUCAUCGGCAUCAUGGACCAACUUCUCUGCCACGAAAUGGCGUGGCACUCGGGCUACCCCCUGUCCCAAACCCUCUUCACUUCAGUGUACAUCGAUAAGCUCCUCUGGCCAGAAGUCAAAGUGCUAGAGCAGGCGCAGUUUUAUCGUGGGGACAUUGCCAACGCCAAACGCCCUGGACCAUUUCUCGAGAUACUGAGAGCGUAUUGCUUGGCCGUGAUCAAGGGGUGUGACUUUGUGAUUGCGAAGAUUACGAGUAGGGAUUACUUUGAAGAGGAGGACUUUUGUACGCAGACGUAUAAUCGCGUCUUGUUUGUGAGCAUGCCAAUGGAUGUGUUUUUGAGGGAGUUGGAUGCUGCUAUGGAGGUCAUACAAGACACCGACCUACAAAUUGACGACAGUCUCAGAGCAGCCAUAUUAUCUCGCCUAGAGUUCAGGCAGUUCUUCCUCCGCGCUCUCGAUAUCGAUCUAUCACUCAGCCAAAUUCCCUAUUCCUGGCCUCCCGUCCUCGAAAGCCUUCAUGCCAUCAACGCUUCACAUUCACUUGGCAAACCCGUCGCCAGAGCAUUCAGUUCGAAAUUGCAAAGACGUCUGGCAUCCACUGUUCCACCACGUCCCAUUGUCGAGCUUUCUUUUGCUGACGCAUUAAAGCAACUGCAUAACAUGAUUUCCGACUGCACAGAGGCCACCCGCUUCGCUGACCUCCCUCAAGACCCACUGGAAUAUCAAUCCUUUCUCUGGUACUUUGCUUCUCGCAACCCGCCGCCACUGGCCUAUGCUAGAUCCUACCUGGCAGCCCUCCUCUUUCAUCCCGAUGUUCUUCAAUCUUCUGUGUCGCUCCCCCUAGCUGACGUGAAAUCACUCGUCCUCCCCGCUUCCCCUAUCCUCGACCCAGCAAACUGGGCUCUCUCACCUCCCCGCAAUCCAAACCUGGCAAAGCCCCCACGCCUCCAGUUUGCUAUGCUCAUUGACGAAUUUGUCGAGCGGGCAGGCAACGCCUACCUCGAUCUAUGGGUCUGCCUAGGACAGAAUCGCUGCCGACUGCGUCGCAUGCUCACCCACGUCAUCGUAGGCUGGGAUCUCCUUCAAGCCGACGCCUCGCUCAUCGACACUGACAUUGCGCGCGCCGCCGAAAUCCUGCGCAUAGGAGACGAGAUUAUGGACUUCAGUCUGAGCACGUGGGUCUACGCGCGCAAACUGUGGAUGAUUGAGCGUGUCAUCCACAUGGGCUUCGAGCAGGACAUAUACCUCCCCGACGAAUUCGGCGGCAUGUAUCUCUUCCUCUCGCUCAUUGCCACCCGGCGUAAAGAACUCCUCACACGCAUCGACUCCUUCCUGCACACCCGCCGGCUCCACCUCACCUCCACACAACGCUUCCGCGAUGCCCAGGACCUAGACCACAGCAUGCAGCAUCUCCAGAGCCUCCUCGCCGAAGCGGAAGCAACGUCCUGCCUCGCCCUCGCCCUCGCCCACUUCUACACUGCGCUGCUGUAUCUCGGCCUCCUCCCCCUCCCCCAUCGCCCCUUCAGCACAGAACAGCUCCGGUACGAACUCCGCAUGAAACCCUUUCUCGCCCUCCAACCGCCCGAAGCCCCGCCCUUUGCCGAGUUCAAAACUCACACUCAGCCCCAUGGCCCGUUUAAGGCGCCCGAUCCUCGCUUUGCUGUCCUCGUGGCGGAUCCGCAGAGUAGCCUCUGGAACGAGAUGGAGAUGCCGUUGCGGCGGGCAAAAGAGGCGUGGGCAGAGGUUAGGAGGAUUGGGGCCGGCGCGGCAAGGGCGCGCGGCGUGCAGGCUGCGUGGGGAAGCGCGAUUCAAAGUACGUUGGCGAGUUGUGUGGCGUUGGGAAUUGCGAUUGCGGGGGUGAAGAAGGCGGUUGCGAGGCGAGGGAGAGGGGAAAAUGAGGACCCCAGGGCGUUGGCCAAGGGGCUUCAGGUAGAGGUUCCCGAGGCGGGGAGCGGGAAGAGGUAUGCGGAGGGGUGGGUCGUGGUCAAGAUUGCCAAGAUAUAA